UUUCGGUCUCCUCCAUAGCUGCGAUUAAUUGAAGUGUGUGUACGAAGCAAAUUAUGGAGUAGUUUCUGCCACUGGAACAAUUUGAUACUCUUCGCGCGAACGUGCGAGCUUGUAGCCAUGAUGAUCCCAAAGAAACAAAAAUGGACCCCUCUUGUAUUGCUAAUGAACUAUGGACUUGUUAUAUCAAAAAUCUCUGUUGGGGACCACUACUCCUCUCUGGAGUACUGGUCUCGUUUCUCCACUUUACAAUGUCAUUACUGAUUCUUCGGUCAAGUCUGGGUGCUCAGACGUAUUGGGCAGUCCUGAUAGUUGUUCAGAUUUCUUAUCUGACAUAUCAACAAGCCAAAGCCCGGAUUCUGGGAGAGAUUGUGACUCAUUCCUUUCUGAUUUUGUGCCAGAGGACGUUCUCGAUUUCGUUGCUGACUACUCGACGCGUCGUUCAGAGGCUGAUUCUGAGUUGCUGUAUGAUAGUUGCACUGAUGCAAACGCGAUUCCUUACUUACCACAACCUACUGACUUCCACAUGCCUCAAUUGCUCGGAGAAUCUCUCAACACUGGUCGUUUAAAGUCAAAUUCAUACCCAAGUGAUCUUAUCUUGUCAAAUGUUAGACGAAAUGUUCAUUCAAAACGACGUCGUGAGAUUAAUCGUGAGGCGUCAAAACGUUAUCGACAAAGGUUGAAGCAAAAGUCAUUGCAAACGCGACAAGAUCUUAGCCUUGUUAUUUCCGCAUAUGAGCAGUCCAAAUCAGCUUACGAGAAAGCUGAGCAUGCUUUUGAUGUGUUAAAGAAUAUUGUUCUUGAUCUGAUUAAUAUUGUUCCUCGAAAUUGAACCGCUUACGUCACUUUGUGCUCCCAGAAAGCCUGUACUGUCCAAUAUAUUUCUGAGCAGUGG